CCAACUGGAAGAGCAAUACAAGUUGAAACUGGUUAUGGUGAACGCAUUCCCUCCAUUGAAGGUCGAGCUCCUCGACUUCGUGAUUCUGAUGCAAUCAUAGAGAUUAUCUGCCAGGACUCUCUAGAUGAUUCCUCCACUGGAGAUGGUCUCCAGGAUGGAGCAAACAAUGAUCCUCAAAGAGAUGACUUUAAAGGAAGUGAUGUAGCUGAAGAUGACAUGGCUCAGACAGAAAAUGAAUCUGCUGGUGAUUUUCCGCAGGCAUACAAUGGUCAAAAGGGUGGGAGGAGAACACCUUACAUGAAUACUGCCCGCAACAUGCCUGAAGGAGAUGGGGUUUUGCCCUUCCAUCCUGAAGCAUCAGCUCCAUACCGCCAUACUGGUUCCAGGGGUCACCCUCCUUCGUACUCUGGUAGGGACUUUGGCACCACUCAUGAGGAAAGGUUGAUCCAGGGAAGAUCGCGUGACAGAUCACCUCAUUUAACUCCUAGUCGAAGCUCAAGGGACAAGAAAUUUCUUGAUAACAUGGAGGAAGAAUCAACUGAAAGUAUGGACGGUAAACACAGUCCACGGAGAUCAUCACCCAAAAAUGUUCCGGAUGCAAGAGAGUUGAGUUCUGAGGAAAAAGAUGAUGUUGACCUUUUGCAAGCUGAAGGAAGCUCUAGAUUGGGAAGGGAUGGAAUGACAGAGAAUGAAGAAACCACAAAUGAUACUCCCAAGGAUGGAGAUGUGCACCAUUCUGCAAGGAAACAAAAAGUAAGUUCUCAUCUCGAACAGCCUGCAUUGCAGCAGCUUGAUGAUGAGGAAGACUCAAAGGCUGCAAGAAGCAGUGAAAAUAGCAAAGCAAGAUCAGGCAGUAGCAAAGAUUAUCAGAAAUGGCAAGAUGGUGUUGAGGAGGAAGUUGUUCAAGAUGGACGUUCUAGACGUUCAGGGAGCAUCAGAAGGCACCUUGAUGAAAAUGAACAGAAUUUUCGAAGAAAGGAUCGUGAUUUGAGACAAGAGAUGGAAAGAAGUCGUGUCGUCGCAAGAGGGAGGGAGGAUUCUUAUCCUCAAAGAGACUUGGAUCUUAGCUUGCCCCAUCAUUUGCACAUGAAACAUGAGGGGUAUGAUAGGCGAAAGGAGCGCGAAAAUCCUGAUAUCUCUUGGCAACAGAGAGAUGAAGAUCCAUAUGGCAGAAAACAUAGAACUGAAGACAGGAAGAGGGAACGUGAAGAUGAAAUGGGAUCCAGGAACCGGAGUAAGGUUCGGGAGACUGAGAGGAGUGACAAAGAUGAGCAUCUUCAUUCAAGAAAACAGUUAGAAAAUGGAAGCUACAGGAUUCAUCAUGACAAGGAUGGUAGUUCACGGCACAGGGACAGAGAUGACAGUAUGAAGAGUAGGUUUGAAAUGGUAGAUGACUACCAUAGCAAAAGGAGGAAAGAUGAGGAAUAUUUAAAAAGAGAAUAUGCUGAUAAGGAGGAGAUCCUGCAUGGCCACAGAGAAAAUACCAGUCGCCGAAGGCGCGAAAGAGGUGAUCAGCAAAGGAUUAGAGACAAUCUUGAUGAUUAUCACUCUUUUAGGCAUAAAGAUGAGGUCUGGCUCCAAAGAGAGAGGGGUGAGAGGCAGAGGGAGAGGGAGGAGUUGUAUAGGCUAAAACAACCCAAUGAAGAAAAUUUACCAAAACGGGAGAGAGAAGAAGGACGGGCAUCUGCGAGGAGCGGGCGUGGUGUGGACGACAAAGCAUGGGCUGGGCAUGCCAGGGGGAAAGAUGAAUAUAAAGUUUCUGAUAAAGACUACCAACUUAAAGAUCCAGUUCGAAACAGUGAAAACCAGAAAAGAAGGGAGCGAAUGGAGGAUGAAAGUCUUUCACAUCAUAGGGGACGUGAUGAUGUUUAUGCACGAGGAAAUCAGUUUAGUAAUGAGGAGAGAAGAUCCAGGCAGGAAAGGUCAAGCACUCGCAUUGAUCGCACGAUGGAUACUUUUGAUAACCAAAGGGUGCAUGAGAAGAGGCAUAAAGAAAACACAAGGAAAAACAAAGAAUACGAUGGUGGAGAUCAUGGCACUUUGGGCCCUUCCAGAAGAAACCAAGAAGAGCAGAGUGGUCACAGUGAUGAAAUGGUUUUAAAACGUGCUCGUGAGCCAGGAAAUGGAGAGGCUGAGAUCUUGAUGCAACAGAACUCUUCCAAAAGACAAAAGGAAGAUGCUUCCUCGGAUGAAGAACAACAAGAUUCAAGGAGAGGACGUUCAAAAUUGGAACGUUGGACAAGCCAUAAAGAGAGGGAUUACAAUAUCAGCAAGUCAUCAGCUUCCUUAAAAUAUAAAGAGAUUGAUAAAAAUAACAACGGCAGAUCUUUAGAAGGCAGUAAACUUCCUGAUGAACCUCCUAAGAAAGUCGAGAUUGUUGAGAAGCAGACCAAAGUCGAGUCUGUUGAGAAGCAUCCCACGGGGGAAGAGAAAGAUGUUGCUGACGUGGAGAAUAAGGAUACUGAUACAAAGCCAUCAGAGGACCGGCACUUGGACACAGUUGAGAAGUUGAAGAAGCGGAGUGAGAGGUUCAAGCUUCCAAUGCCAAGUGAGAAAGAUGCCUUUGCAAUAAAAAAGAUGGAGAGCGACGCACUGCCCUCUGUCAAACCUGAGGCUCCUGCAGAUUCAGAGAUUAAACCAGAGCGGCCUCCUCGAAAACGAAGGUGGAUCAGCAAUUGA